AUGCCGACCGACUCAUCAUUCCCAGUGCUCACAGCCAACUUGGACCUCCGGGGCGAACUGUUCCAAGCCAAUAAAAAUAGCUGGGUGCCUGUAUUGAAAAGAUUCGAGGAGGCAUUGAAGCAAGUCUCCGCCGAAGGAAACGAAGUCUCUCUGAAAAGGCAUCAGACCCGCGGUCAGCUGUUGCCGCGAGAUCGAGUUGCACUAUUACUGGACCAGGACUCUCCAUUUCUAGAGCUCGGUGCCUUCGCUGGAUUUGAGAACAAUGAUUCAACGCCAUGUGCCAAUUUGAUUUCCGGAAUCGGGAAUGUUUGUGGACGACCGUGUCUUCUCAUGUCCCAUAUUCCGACUCAAAGUGGAGGUGCUUGGAACGAGAUGACAGUGUUGAAAGUGAACCGCAUGAUGGAAAUUGCAUUUGAAAAUGAUCUGCCGCUCAUUUCUCUCGUUCAGUCGGCCGGGGUAUUUCUGCCACAGCAAUUUCGAGUCUUUCACAAAGGAGGCCAGCUGUUCCGAGACCUUGCAGUACGCACGCAGCACGGAAAGCCGUCAUGUGCUAUUGUAUUUGGCUCAUCCACAGCAGGUGGCGCAUACCAUCCGGCGUUGUCGGACUAUACCAUUUUUGUCGAGAACCAAGCGCAAGCCUUUCUUGGUGGUCCGCCCUUGGUGAAAAUGGCAACGGGUGAGGUUAUAGGAGCGGAAGAGUUAGGUGGUGCCAAGGUUCAUGCCGUUACCACAGGGUUGGCAGAUCAAAUUGCAUCGAAUGAAUUCGAAGCUAUCCAGAAGGCGCGCGAGUGGGUGGCCUCACUUCAAAUGCGGACUCCGUUCAGGGUAGGGAUAAUAGAGCCAACUGCUCCUCGGUAUCCUGUCGAAGACUUGUUGUCAAUUGUGAACCCAGAUAUUCGAAAACCUUUUGAUAUGAGCGAGGUUCUGCUGCGAAUUGUCGACGAUUCUCGCUUAUCUGUAUUCAAGCCCAAAUACGGUCCAAAUAUCAUCACUACGUGGGCUCAUAUCAUGGGCUUCCCCGUGGGCAUCGUGGCCAAUCAGAUUUCAGUCAUCAAUCCGAACGAAGCUGGAAAGGCUGCUCAGUUCAUCAGGAUGUGCAAUCAACAAAAUACUCCUAUCAUUUUCCUUCACAACGUCACCGGCUUCAUGGUUGGCGCUAAAGCCGAGCACGCCGGUAUUAUCAAGAUGGGGGCUCAACUUGUUUCAGCUGUCAGCUGCUCGACUGUACCACAUAUCUCGAUAAUUAUGGGUGCAUCUUACGGAGCUGGAAAUUAUGCAAUGUGUGGGCGAUCCUACAAACCACGUUUCCUGUUCACAUGGCCCACCGGUCGGUGUAGUGUUAUGGGUCCUGAUCAGCUAUCGGGUGUUAUGGAGAAUGUACAGCAAGCAAGUGCUAAGGCUAAGGGCAUUACUCUAUCCCCCGAGAAACUGAAGAAGCAGGUGCAGGAGUUCAGGGAGCGAGUUCAGCGGGAUGCGGAGUGUUAUUCAACUAGCUCGAUGCUUAUUGAUGAUGGAAUCAUUGACCCUCGUGAUACAAGAGAUGUUUUAGGCAUGUGCUUGGAGACAGUUACACUUCAGGGGGUGAAGGGGGCAGAGGCUCAUAGUCAGUUGGCGAGAUUUUAA